AUUUUGUGACUAUAUUCCGAUAAUUUGAAUUAGUAGUGCAAGUUGCAGAGGCCACCAAAAUCUCUGCAGCAUAACCCAAUUCCAUUGAUAUCAUUCAUCUUCAUCUUCCUUCUGCUAACCUUCACUCCAACAAACUCACAAAACAACUCUCCUUUCCAUUACACCUACACAGAGAGAGAAGAAUGGCUUGCGUGGUUGUAGUUUCUCUUAUGAGGACACUUGAGCUUGAGUUCUUGCAACCUCUCCCUCGUCCAUUUCUACAACAAAACCAACUCAUCCCUUGCAACAAACACUUGGUCCUAUCUCUACACAAGAAGCUUGGAUCUCUGAUGGAAUUAUUCGAUGAGAGUAGAAUGGAUAUUGGUGUUGAAGCAAUCAAAGAGUUGGAAACAAAGCUGAGAGAUGUAGCUUUCAGAGUGGAAGAUGAAAUCGAAUUCCAAAUUGCACAUCUUCAUGAAACAGAAGAGGAAUUUGGAAUUGGAACACCAGAAGCUGGGGAUACUGAUACUCCUUGUUUCAAACUUGGUCUUAUUCUCCAACAAGGAAUGGAAGACAUUGAUGCCGUCAAGGAAGAGUUGGUGAAAAUCAAGAACGAGUACAAGUUGCAAGGAACCCCUGAUGUUCUACCAAUAUCUGAAGCUGAUUCUUCCCAACCUGCUUCAGAAAUGGUCGGUAGAGACAAAGAGUUUGAGAUUAUAAAGGAGAUGCUAAUCAAACGUUCAUCGCGUCUCAGAAUUGUUUCAAUUAGCGGUAUGGGAGGCUUUGGUAAGACAUGUUAGCAAGAAGAAUUUAUGAAGAUAAGUCAAUUGCCCAUUUUGACGUGCGAGCCUGGGUUGUUGCAUCACAGCAUCAUAACGUGAGACAGAUGCUUCUUUGUCUUCUUAACUCAUUGGUCUAUACGAAUAAUAGCAGCAGUGAUAUUUUAGCAGAACGCAGCAGGAGUUGGGAUGAGGGCAAAGUUUCCAACAAACUCCACAAGGCUUUAUUCGGUCGAAGGUACUUAAUUGUGAUUGAUGAUGUGUGGAGCAUGAAGGCAUGGGAUACAAUCAAUAGAUGCUUUCCAGAUGAUAAACAUGGUAGUUGAGUAUUAUUGACUACUCGCUUUAAAAAGGUGGCUUGUUAUGUUAGUUCCAACCGUGACUCCAUUCAUCAAAUGCACUUCUUAGAUCAAAGCGAGAGUUGGGAUCUAUUUUGUCAGAAGGCGGGCACAUCACGCCUUGCUAACUUUGAGACUAUUGCAAGACCA